GUGGCACGGUGUUGUGCAGGGCGGAUUAGGACGUGCCAGGGCGGCCAAUGAGCUCUGGGACACUGGCUCGCGGACCCUCCCUGGGCGGUGCUUCUCUGCUCUGAGGUACCGCCCUCGUGGGCAGGGUACCCCGUUGGACCACCGACCCUAGGCCGCGUUACUGCCCAAUCAGUGGGUUUUCCCGAUUAAAAAGAGGGGUGGUUUAGAAGGUUCCAGAGGAAUGAGGCGGGUGGACGCAAUUGAGCUAUGUUCUGAGCAAGGUUCUAGGACUGGUGAUUGCAUUGGCGAAAGCAGGGCGUACACCUAUUCCCUCACCUGGAUCAGGUGCGCGCCCGUUGGGCGGGUCCUGUUGGAGAGGCUGGCCAAGGAGAACGCCUUCCUCUUCCUGGGCUGGUGUGAGGAGCUCCGGCACCGAGCGGAGCGGCGGGCAUCAUGAAUAACCCUAUACCUUCCAAUCUGAAAUCAGAAGCAAAGAAGGCUGCCAAAAUAUUAAGAGAAUUCACAGAAAUAACUUCCAGAAAUGGACCUGAUAAGAUCAUUCCUGCCCAUGUUAUUGCAAAAGCAAAAGGACUUGCAGUUUUGUCUGUGAUUAAAGCUGGAUUUCUGGUGACAGCCAGGGGAGGCAGUGGCAUUGUCCUGGCACGUCUUCCAGAUGGAAAAUGGUCUGCACCUUCAGCCAUUGGGAUAGCUGGGCUUGGUGGAGGAUUUGAAAUAGGAAUAGAGGUAUCGGAUUUGGUGAUAAUUCUGAAUUAUGACAGAGCAGUAGAAGCCUUUGCAAAGGGCGGAAACUUGACACUUGGAGGGAAUUUUACUGUAGCAGUUGGGCCCCUUGGCAGGAACCUGGAAGGAAACGUGUCCCUGAGGAGCUCUGCAGCUGUCUUCACUUACUGCAAAUCCAGGGGCCUCUUUGCUGGCAUUUCCCUGGAAGGAAGCUGUUUGAUUGAAAGGAAAGAAACUAAUCGGAAAUUUUACUGUCAGGACAUUCGAGCUUAUGACAUUUUAUUUGGAGAUGUUCCACGACCUGCCCAAGCAGAAGAUCUUUAUGAAAUUCUUGAUUCCUUUACUGAAAAGUAUGAAAGUGAAGGACAGCGCAUCAAUUUGAGGAAAGUAGCACGGGAGCAGAGGAAGGCUAAAGAAUUACCUCCAAAACCAUCAUCAAGACCACAGCAAUCCCGAGCACCUGGCCAGCUGAGUGCUAGCUCCCAGAGUAAUGGAAAUGAAUAUAAGCUAUAUCCUGAGCUUUCUAGCUAUCAUGAGAAAACUGGUAGUUUGAAUCAGCCAAUAGAAGUGACAGCACUGUACUCUUUUGAAGGGCAACAGCCAGGUGAUUUGAAUUUUCAAGCCGGAGACAGAAUCACAGUUAUAUCAAAGACGGAUUCACAUUUUGAUUGGUGGGAAGGAAAACUUCGAGGGCAAACUGGAAUUUUUCCAGCCAACUAUGUAACUAUGAAUUAAAGUUCAUGCUAGUUUGUUAUUUGAUAAUUACACAAAAAUAUUUCUGCACAGACAGGAUUCAUUUAUUUACAUUAAUCUAUUUAAACACAUCCUUGCUCUGCAAGUAUUUUAUCCAGUUGGAAAAGAUUUUUCUCUGCAUAUAAAUAAAUGGUUAAAUUAACAUGUUACUAAACACUUUGUAUUAACUUAAUCUCAUAAACUAUUCUACAGUUGUCAUCAACAAUUUUUAUGGUCAUGUUUCUUUUGUGCUUAUCAGACCCCACUGACCCUUGAAUAAUCUGACUGCUUAUUACCACAGUUUUAGUGUAAACAAAGCAUGUCCGGGGAGCACUGCUCACUUUUAUAUGAACAUGGGUCAACCUCUGAACAUCUGGGUAGGGUAGAGUUUUGUUCUUUUCAUUUAACAAAGUUUAGGUGAUUAAAUGAGCUCGUGAACAUAAAGAAUAGAAGGUUCCCACAGAGUAGAGGGGCCUCAGAGCCUUCAGGAAAAAAGGCUCUGUUUGUCUCCCACCCUGCUGUGUUUUGCUAUCCAUUCUCUCCCAAGACAAACCAUAGAAAAUAGAAUUUCUGUUCCCAAUAAAUCUUAGAAUCUAGAACCUCUUUUUCUUAAAGCAAAUCUCCAUGCCUAGAAAUAGGAGUCUUCCCCUAUGCCUCCACCUUUCCAUCUUGGAACUAACCAUGAAGAAAUUCUAUGAUGUGCUUUGCCUGGUGAGUCCUAAGAUCCACACUAGGCAUCAGGCAGGGAAUAUCAGGUAGUGGCCUCCACCAUGGAACCCAAGUGUAAAUCAGUCUGGAGCUCCCUUAAAAGAUGUCCCAUAAGAUGAUAAUCAAAUAUAUUUCCUUUAUUUCUCCCUUGUUAACUUGUCUUUUGAGAAUGAGUAUCAUCAUGACAUUGUAUGGCUGGCAGAAAAUGGAUCACUUCCUUUUCUCCUCUAAAGUAAGCACAAUCAAAUCAUUUUGCAUAAUACAGGAAACACUUGCCCUGUACCAGAACUUACAUUUUUUGGUUAAUUUGUAAACCUCAGACCAACUUUAAUGACUGAUCUUAAACAAUUUAUCCAACCUCUAUGCCUUAGUUUCUCCACCUCUGAUGAUUGCAUAAAAUGCUUAAAACAGUGUUGAUCAUGUAAAUAAAUCAUUAAACACCA